GUCAAGUAUUACGUCUUUGUUAUCAAAACAAAAUAUUUUCUGUCCUUUAAAGUGUUGAAAUAAAUAAUUAUCGAGUAAAUAUGGAAUCAAAAGUGUAUUCGUCGUUAUUCGCGUUAGUCGAUAGCCAUCUUUCACAGACCAGUUUAAAAGAGACUUCAUCGAACACAAAAUCUUUACCUAUACCAAACAUAAAACUUUCCCACAAUGGAAGUGUUUCGGAAUCCUUUUUACAUUCUCCAAAUCGACUGCCAAUACCUACAUUAAGUGAAAACAACAGUCAAAUACUAGACAAACUAUCAGAACAAGUUGCAAACAUGUUAAAAGCCAAAGAAAAACGAGAAUUCGAAGAGAAACAGAAGUUGGAAGAAAAACUCAACGAAAUAAAAAUCGACGAUCAGGAUUACGUUAUCGAUUUAAUGAAAGCAUUACAGACGCCUUGUGGAACAUCGAAACCUCCAGAAAUUAGCAAAAGUAGUUCAUCAGAGUCGAUAUUCGAACUAAAUUUCAACGAUUUCGACGAAGAUCUACCAACAAUUGAACCUGAACCAUUACUACCUUGUAUUACCGAUAUGUCUUAUAUAUUAAAACAAAAGGUAAGACGUGGAAAAUGCUCAACAUUUGGUAAAGUGUUAACUUCACGACUGAAGCCAGUACCAGCACCGUACAUUAAAGAAAACAUCAAAUCAAACAUUGUAAGAUUCGAUUUCAGUACAAAAUCACCUUGCGAUAUCAUUAAAGAGAAGUUACGGAAACCAACAUCAUCUUGUACAUCAAAUUAUAAUAUUGUUUGAAUAAUUUGCUGAUCUCAAGACUUGAAGUAAGCACCUUUGACUAAACAAUCGCACAAUAAUUGUCUGAUUGUCGGUUGUUUCGCAGCCUUCAACUGUUUAGCACAACUAAAUAUAACAAUGGGUGAAAGGCUGUUUGUUAUAAGCGUCAUUAGAUUAAAUGUUCAGGUGAGCCAUUUGAAGUAUUUGAAAAAAGCAUAAAAAAUUCUGAAAAUAAUAUAAAUUGAAAGGUUUUCAGACGGUUUUGAGAUUAAAAUGACUAUAAUUCUGCAUACUUCAUUGUUUAUUAACGACGCAGAAAUCACCUAUUCUGGAUGGAUAUGUAAGUCAUUAUCGCCUAAAAUGGCGGUUGAAAUAAAUAGCACCAGUAUACAGAUUCACCCAUUGAUAUAGUGUGCACUGUAAAUAAGUUUAGUGAAAGGUGUACACUAAUAGAGUCCAAAAGUAUGUCUCCGAAUUUCCAGAGGGGCCAAAUCAAAGUCAAUUACACAUAUAGAGAUAUUAAAAGCAACAAAACUCAUCAUCCAUCAUCAUCCACUUGCCCUUAUCCCUUGCGGAGGGUCGGCACAGUAUGUACUGCUCCAUACAUCUCUCUCAGUCAUAUCUGAAUCCACUCCUUUCUCGCAUAUCCUCUUUCACACAAUCCAUCCCUACUUUCUUUGGUCUAAGAGCACCAAAACUACAUUUAAUCAAACUAAAGCAUCUUUAUGUAACAGCUAUUGCCCGCAACUUUGUCUACAUUGAAAAAUCAAAUAUAGCUUAGUAUUUCGGAUUAUCCUGUACAUUAGACAAUUGGCAAGAUCCAGUCAGUUUAGGAUAUGUUUGUCUAAAUAAGAUAGAUUUAUUUGACAAAGGGCGGUGCUUUGGUGCCACGGGGCUCACAUAGUUAUGGGCAAGUCAAGUGCUUUACAUAUUUUGUCAAGCUCUUGAUCAGCUCAGGAGGGGUCACGAUCCCAUGACCUCCCCCUGGAUCCAUUGUGGACAAUUCAUUUGACAAUUUAGUAGGGUUGAUUGUGUAAAAUCAAAUUUUCGAUUUUCCAUUUUUAUUAUAGAAGU